AGCAGCCUCACACACACACACACACACACACAACCGCAGGAUGAAGGAAGGAGCAGCAAAGUAAGCUCAUAAUCCUCCAUCUGCUCCCAGGAAGGAGCAGCUUUGGUCACCUGAGCAGAGGAGAAGCACGAGGACAGACAUGGAUAGUUGUGUCAUGUGACAGCUGUCGUCGUGUUUGGACAAAGUGAAGAUCCAGCCUUUGUUUCUCUGUUACCUCCACGUUUAUUUGCACCACCAUGUUGAAGUGCCCUCUGGUUGUAAGUUUGAUUCUCGCGGUAGUUUCGCGGAUCAUCGGGGAGCCGCAGACUCUUCCCUCUGUCGCGCUGCACUUGAGCUCCACGCCGUCCUCCUCCAUCAUCAGUGACCGCGAGGGCGCGAACGUGACAGAUGCUGCUGCGCUGGGAUCUCACGUGUCGUCAUCCUUCAUGACGCAUCUGCCCGCGCUGAAAAACAUCGUGCUCUUCAUCUGCGUGUUAACAGCUGCUCUCGUCACGUGUCUGCUCACCAGAGUGCUCAGAUCUGGGAAAAAGAUCAGAAAAACACGGAAAUAUGACAUCAUAACAACACCAGCAGAGCGCGUUGAGAUGGCGCCACUGAAUGAGGAGCAUGACGAUGAGGAUGACUCCGUUCUGUUUGAUGUCAAAUACAGGUGAGUUCCAGCGUUGACGUCAACAUCUGUGUGAUCUCCUGUAUUCAGUGACUUGAAAAGCUACACGUGCAUGCCUUUGAGCCGCAUGGAUGUCAUCGUUUGCUGUUUCCUGUCGUGACUUCACCAAAGUCAUUCAGCUGUUACGGGGGAGUUCACAAGAAUUCAUUCAACAUUUUAUUCUUUCUUUCUUUCUCAAGGUUCAUGUUCCAAAUAUUGUUUUCUUUCGAGCUUAAGCCAAAAAGUAUGUUGGUCUGUACAGUUUCUGUAGCCUGUUCCAAACCUGUGAUCCGCCUCUCUGUGGCCUCGAAAAUCAGUCGUCAGUUGAGCAAAAACAUGCAAUAAAUAUUGUGAAAAGAC